GGGCUCCACGGCGCAGGCCCGCUGCAGCGCAGCCGCUCUGAGUGACUAUCAAUGGAGGAACACACAGUGACUCAGACGGAGCACAUGGCCACUAUAGAGGCCCACGCGGUGGCCCAACAGGUGCAGCAGGUCCACGUGGCCACGUACACAGAGCACAGCAUGCUCAGCGCAGAUGAAGACUCGCCGUCUUCUCCGGAAGACACAUCCUAUGAUGACUCCGACAUCCUCAACUCCACGGCUGCCGACGAGGUGACGGCUCACCUGGCCGCUGCAGGCCCAGUGGGAAUGGCAGCCGCCGCCGCCGUGGCAACAGGUAAAAAAAGGAAGCGCCCCCACGUGUUUGAGUCCAACCCCUCAAUCCGCAAGAGGCAGCAGACUCGUUUGCUACGAAAGCUCCGGGCCACGCUGGACGAAUACACCACCCGUGUGGGGCAGCAGGCCAUUGUUCUGUGCAUCUCGCCUUCCAAACCCAACCCGGUUUUUAAAGUGUUUGGGGCAGCGCCUCUGGAGAACGUGGUGCGCAAAUACAAGAGCAUGAUCCUGGAAGACCUGGAGUCAGCUCUAUUGGAACACGCACCUGCGCCACAGGAGGUUAACUCCGAACUGCCCCCUCUCACCAUCGACGGCAUCCCAGUCUCUGUGGACAAGAUGACCCAGGCGCAGCUGCGAGCGUUCAUCCCUGAAAUGCUGAAGUACUCAACGGGUCGUGGGAAGCCAGGCUGGGGGAAGGAGAGCUGCAAGCCGGUUUGGUGGCCGGAGGACAUCCCGUGGGCCAAUGUUCGCAGUGACGUCCGGACGGAGGAACAGAAGCAACGGGUAUCUUGGACACAGGCCUUACGGACGAUCGUGAAGAACUGCUACAAGCAGCACGGGCGGGAGGACCUGCUGUACGCUUUCGAGGAUCAGCAAACACAGCCAACGGCGGCGACACACAGCAUCGCGCACUUGGUCCCGUCCCAGACCGUCGUCCAGACCUUCAGCAACCCCGACGGCACGGUCUCUCUCAUCCAGGUUGGAACAGGAGCUACAGUCGCCACCUUGGCAGACGCCUCUGAAUUGCCUACCACAGUUACGGUCGCACAAGUCAAUUAUUCUGCAGUGACAGAUGGAGAGGUGGAGCAGAAUUGGGCAACGCUACAGGGAGGUGAGAUGACCAUCCAGACAACACAAGCCUCAGAAGCCACGCAGGCGGUGGCGUCCCUGGCGGAAGCAGCAGUGGCGGCAUCGCAAGAGAUGCAACAAGGCGCAACAGUCACCAUGGCGCUCAACAGUGAAGCUGCUGCCCACGCCGUAGCCACGCUCGCCGAAGCCACCCUCCAAGGCGGCGGGCAAAUCGUCCUUUCCGGUGAAACUGCGGCAGCCGUUGGAGCGCUCACCGGAGUUCAAGAUGCAAAUGUUGGUAAUGCUUCCUCCAAGUUCACUGAUGAAGCUGCUGCCCACGCCGUAGCCACGCUCGCCGAAGCCACCCUCCAAGGCGGCGGGCAAAUCGUCCUCUCCGGUGAAACUGCGGCAGCCGUUGGAGCGCUCACCGGAGUUCAAGAUGCAAAUGGCCUUGUCCAGAUCCCCGUCAGCAUGUACCAGACCGUGGUCACCAGCCUCGCCCAGGGGAACGGCCCUGUUCAGGUCGCCAUGGCCCCCGUGGCCGCACGGAUAACGGACAGCACCGUCACGAUGGAUGGCCAGGCGGUGGAAGUCGUGACGCUGGAGCAGUGACGGCAGAGCGGCAGGAUCGUGAGGCUGCCGUUUCCUCC